AUGGUGGAGACAGAGAACGACCUUGCAUUCGAAGAAAGACUGGAGAAUUCAUCUAGAGAAUCGCAAGACAUUGUUUCCUUUCCAAAUGAGCUGGCUGAGACAGAGGAUGAUCAGAGGAAUGAGGAGGGUGAAGAACGUCAUCAGCACAUGACAAAUAGAAUUGACAAUGAAGACUUGAAUGAAAAUGUCAGGAAUCGGGGAAUACCUAAGAGAAAAAAAGUCAGUGGAAUCGUUGAGAAGUGUGAUGAAAGAAAGCGGAAUAGAUUCAGUUGGAGUGGCAAACUUGAAGAGCAUCGAAGAACCCACACAGGAGAGAAACCUUUUGAGUGCUCAGAGUGUGGAAAGAGAUUUAGUAGAAGUGAAAAUCUUCAACUGCAUUUCAGAACCCACACAGGGGAAAAACCUUAUGAAUGCUCAGAGUGUGGGAAGAGAUUCAGCCGGAGCGGCCAUCUUCAAUCGCAUCAGAGAACCCACACAGGGGAUAAGCCCUUUGAAUGCUUAGAGUGUGGAAAGAGAUUCAGUAUGAAUGACCAUCUUCAAAAGCAUCAGCGAACCCAUACAGGGGAGAAAUCUUUUCAGUGCUCAGAGUGUGGAAAGAAAUUUAGUAGGAGUGACAAUCUUAAACUGCAUCGAAGAACCCACACUGAUGAGAAACCUUAUGAAUGCUCAGAGUGUGGAAAGAGAUUCAGCCAGAGUGGCCACCUCAAACUGCAUCGAAGAACCCACACAGGGGAGAAACCUUUUGAGUGCUCAGAGUGCGGAAAGAAAUUCAGUACAAGUCGCAAUCUUAAACUGCAUCAAAGAACCCACACCGGUGAAAAACCUUUUGAGUGCUCAGAGUGUGGAAAGAAAUUCAGUCAGAGUUUCAAUCUUCAGGAGCACCAAAGAACCCACACAGGGGAGAAGCCUUUUGAGUGCUCAGAGUGCAGAAGGAGAUUCAGUACAAGUCGAAAUCUUAAACUGCAUCGAAGAACCCACACAGGGGAGAAACCUUUUGAAUGUUCAGAGUGUGGGAAGACAUUCAGUCAGAGGGGCAGUCUUCAACAUCAUCAGAGAACCCACACAGGGGAGAAGACUUUUGAAUGCUCAGAGUGCGGAAAGAAAUUCAGUACAAGUCGCAAUCUUAAACUGCAUCAAAGAACCCACACCGGUGAAAAACCUUUUGAGUGCUCAGAGUGUGGAAAGAAAUUCAGUCAGAGUUUCAAUCUUCAGGAGCACCAAAGAACCCACACAGGGGAGAAGCCUCUUGAGUGCUCAGAGUGCAGAAGGAGAUUCAGUACAAGUCGAAAUCUUAAACUGCAUCGAAGAACCCACACAGGGGAGAAACCUUUUGAAUGUUCAGAGUGUGGGAAGACAUUCAGUCAGAGGGGCAGUCUUCAACAUCAUCAGAGAACCCACACAGGGGAGAAGUCUUUUGAAUGCUUAGAGUGGAAGAAACCUUUUGAAUGUUCAGAGUGUGGGAAAAGAUUCAGUUGGUCUGGCAGUCUUCAGCUGCAUCGCAGAACCCACACAGGGGAGAAAUCUUUUGAGUGCUCAGAGUGUGGAAAGAGAUUUAGUCAGAGUGGCCAUCUUCAAUAUCAUCAGAGAACCCACACAGGGGAGAGGCCUUUUGAAUGCUCAGAGUGUGGAAAGGGAUUCAGUCGGAGUGACAGUCUUCAAAAGCAUCAGAGAACCCACACAGGAGAGAAGCCUCUUGAAUGCUCAGUGUGUGGAAAAGGAUUCAGUCAUAGUGGCCACCUUCAGUAUCAUCAGAGGACACACACAGGGGAGAAGCCUUAUGAAUGCUCAGAGUGUGGAAAGAGAUUCCGUCAGAGUGGCCAUCUUCAAAAGCAUCAUAGAACCCACACAGGGGACAAGCCUUUUGAAUGCUCAGAGUGUGGGAAGAGAUUCAGUCAGAGUGGCCAUCUUCGAAAGCAUCAGAGAACCCACACAGGGGAGAAACCUUUUGAAUGCUCAGAGUGUGGGAAGAGAUUCAGACAAAAUGGCCAUCUUGAAGAACAUCAGAGAAUCCACACAGGAGAGAAACCUUUUGAAUGCUCAGAGUGUGGAAGGAGAUUCAGUCAGAGUGGCCAUCUUCAAAGGCAUCAAAGAACCCACACAGGGGAGAUACCUUUUGAAUGCGCAAAGUGUGGAAAGAGAUUCAGGGAGAGAGGGAGUCUUCAAGAGCAUCAGAGAACCCACACAGGGGAGAAACCUUUUGAAUGUUCGGAGUGUGGAAGGGGAUUCAGUGUGAGUGGCAGUCUUCUAAAGCAUCAGAGAACCCACACAGGGAAGAAACCC